UUUUGGAGUGCUGGGGAACUUUUUCCCCUUUUUGAGGCCAGAGGAAAGGGAAUGCCCAAUCCAGAGAGACAUGGGGGCAAGAAGGACGGGAGUGGAGGAGCUUCUGGAACUUUGCAGCCGUCAUCGGGAGGUGGCAGCUCGAACAGCAGGGAGCGUCACCGCUUGGUAUCGAAGCAUAAGCGGCAUAAGUCCAAGCACUCCAAAGACAUGGGAUUGAUGACUCCCGAAGCAGCACCUUUGGGUACAGUUAUCAAACCUUUGGUGGAGUAUGAUGACAUCAGCUCUGAUUCCGAUACCUUUUCUGACGACAUGGCCUUCAAGUUAGACAGGAGGGAAAACGAUGAACGUCGUGGAACUGAGCGGAGUGACCGCCUGCACAAACAUCGUCACCACCAGCACAGACGUUCCCGGGACUUACUAAAAACUAAGCAGACCGAGAAGGAAAAAAACCAGGAAGUCUCCAGCAAGUCAGGAUCGAUGAAGGACCGGAUAUCAGGAAGUUCAAAGCGUUCAAAUGAGGAGAAUGACGAGUACGGGAAGGCGCAGAUCUCCAAAAGCAGCAGCAUCAAGGAAUCCAGGUCAUCCAAACUGCAUAAGGAGAAGACCCGAAAGGAACGCGAGGUGAAGUCUGGGCACAAAGACCGGAGUAAAAGUCAUCGGAAAAGGGAAACACCCAAAAGUUACAAAACCGUGGACAGCCCGAAACGGAGGUCCAGGAGUCCUCACAGGAAAUGGUCUGUCAGCCCCAAGCAAGAUGAUAGCCCCUCAGGAGCUUCUUACGGCCAAGAUUAUGACCUCAGUCCUCCAAGAUCUCACACCUCUAGCAACUACGACUCUUACAAGAAGAGCCCUGGGGGUACCUCAAGAAGGCAGUCCAUUAGCCCACCGUACAAGGAGCCGUCCGCCUACCAGUCCAGCACGCGGUCACCCAGCCCUUACAGCCGACGGCAGAGGUCUGUGAGCCCCUACAGUCGGAGGCGGUCGUCCAGCUACGAAAGGAGCGGCUCUUACAGUGGGAGAUCGCCCAGUCCCUACGGCCGCAGGCGCUCCAGCAGCCCUUUCAUGAGCAAACGGUCUCUGAGUCGGAGUCCACUCCCCAGGAAAUCCAUGAAGUCUAGAAGUAGAAGUCCAGCAUAUUCAAGACACUCAUCUUCUCAUAGUAAAAAGAAGCGAUCCGGGUCACGCAGUCGACAUUCCAGUAUCUCACCUGUCAGGCUUCCAUUGAACUCCAGCUUGGGAGCUGAACUCAGUAGAAAAAAAAAGGAAAGAGCAGCAGCUGCAGCAGCAGCAAAAAUGGAUGGAAAAGAAUCCAAGGGGUCACCUAUAUUCUUGCCUAGAAAAGAGAACAGUUCAGUAGAGGCUAAGGAUUUAGGCUCGGAGUAUAAAAAGUUCUCCAGAGGUGUAAAAUUGGAGAAAUCUGCCCCAGAUACUGAACUGGUGAAUGUAACACGUAACACAGAGGUCAAAAAUUCUUUAGAUACAGGGAAAAUAAAGUUGGAUGAGAACUCCGAAAAGCAACCUGUUCCUAAAGAUUUGAAAGCACAGGGAACAAGAGACUCUAAACCCAUAGCAUUGAAAGAGGAGAUUGUUGCUCCAAAAGAGACAGAAACAUCAGAAAAGGAGAUCCUCUCUCUCCCCACAGUUACUUCUCCUCCACCUCCAUUACCAACUACUACUCCUCCACCUCAGACACCCCCUUUGCCACCUUUGCCUCCGCUACCAGCUAUCCCACAGCAACCACCUCUGCCUCCUCCCCAGCCAGCAUUUAGUCAGGUUCUUGCUUCUAGUACUUCAACUGCCCCUUCUGCUCAUCCAAGGACAUCUACUCUGUCCUCUCAGGCAAAUUCUCAGCCCCCUGUACAGGUUUCUGUGAAGACUCAAAUAUCUGUAACAGCUGCUAUUCCACACCUAAAAACUUCAACAUUGCCUCCUUUACCUCUCCCACCCUUAUUACCUGGAGAUGAUGACAUGGAUAGUCCAAGAGAAACUCUUCCUUCAAAACCUGUAAAGAAAGAGAAGGAACAAAGGACACGUCACUUACUCACAGACCUCCCUCUCCCUCCUGAGCUCCCUGGUGGGGAUCCGUCUCCCCCAGAAUCUCCAGAACCAAAGUCAAGCACACCACCUCAGCACCCAUAUAAAAAGAGACCAAAAAUUUGUUGUCCUCGUUAUGGAGAAAGAAGACAAACAGAAAGCGACUGGGGAAAACGUUGUGUGGACAAGUUUGAUAUUAUUGGGAUUAUUGGAGAAGGAACCUAUGGCCAAGUAUAUAAAGCCAAGGACAAAGACACAGGCGAGCUAGUGGCUCUAAAGAAGGUGAGACUGGACAAUGAGAAAGAGGGCUUCCCAAUCACAGCCAUUCGUGAGAUCAAAAUCCUGCGUCAACUAAUCCAUCGAAGUGUUGUUAACAUGAAGGAAAUUGUCACCGAUAAACAAGAUGCUCUGGAUUUCAAGAAGGACAAAGGUGCCUUUUACCUUGUAUUUGAGUAUAUGGAUCAUGACCUAAUGGGACUGCUAGAAUCUGGUUUGGUGCACUUUUCUGAGGACCAUAUAAAAUCUUUCAUGAAACAGCUAAUGGAAGGAUUGGAUUACUGUCACAAAAAGAAUUUCCUGCAUCGGGAUAUUAAAUGUUCUAACAUUUUGCUGAACAACAGUGGGCAGAUCAAACUAGCAGAUUUUGGACUUGCUCGACUCUAUAACUCCGAAGAGAGUCGCCCUUAUACAAACAAAGUCAUUACUCUAUGGUACCGACCUCCAGAACUUCUACUAGGAGAGGAGCGUUACACACCUGCCAUAGAUGUGUGGAGCUGUGGAUGCAUCCUUGGGGAACUGUUCACAAAGAAGCCUAUUUUUCAAGCCAAUCUGGAACUGGCUCAGCUAGAACUGAUCAGUCGACUCUGUGGUAGCCCUUGUCCAGCUGUCUGGCCUGAUGUUAUCAAGCUACCAUACUUCAAUACCAUGAAACCGAAGAAGCAAUAUAGAAGGCGUCUACGAGAAGAAUUCUCUUUCAUUCCUUCAGCAGCACUUGAUUUGCUAGACCAUAUGCUAACACUGGAUCCUAGCAAACGUUGCACAGCUGAACAAACCCUUCAGAGUGACUUCCUGAAAGAUGUUGAACUCAGCAAAAUGGCUCCUCCAGACCUCCCCCAUUGGCAAGACUGCCAUGAAUUAUGGAGUAAGAAACGGCGACGCCAACGACAAAGCGGUGUUGUGGUAGAGGAACCACCUCCAUCUAAAACCUCUCGAAAAGAAACUACCUCAGGGACAGGUGCUGAGCCUGUGAAGAACAGCAGCCCAGCACCACCUCAGCCUGCUCCUGGCAAAGUGGAGCCUGGGGCUGGGGAUGCAAUAGGCCUCGGUGACAUCACACAGCAGUUGAAUCAAAGUGAAUUGGCAGUGUUACUGAACCUGCUGCAGAGCCAAACCGACCUGAGCAUCCCUCAGAUGGCACAGCUGCUUAACAUCCACUCCAACCCAGAAAUGCAGCAGCAGCUGGAGGCCCUGAACCAAUCCAUCAGUGCCCUAUCGGAAGUGACUUCCCAGCAGCAGGACUCAGAGCCUGUGGCUCCAGAAGAGUCUUUGAAGGAGGCACCCCCUGCCCCACUGGUUCAUCCUUCAGCAGAACAGACAACCCCUGAAACUUCAAGCACACCAGCUGACAUGCAGAAUAUGUUGGCAGUUCUCUUGAGUCAACUGAUGAAAACCCAGGAGCCAGCAGGCAGCCUGGAGGAAAACAACAGUGACAAGAACAGUGGGCCACAGGGGUCCCGAAGAACUCCCACAAUGCCACAGGAGGAGGCAGCAGAGAAGAGGCCCCCUGAACCCCCUGGACCUCCACCGCCGCCACCUCCACCCCCUCUGAUUGAAGGCGAUCUUUCCAGCGCCCCCCAGGAGUUGAACCCAGCCGUGACAGCCGCCUUGCUGCAACUUUUAUCCCAGCCUGAAGCAGAGCCUCCUGGCCACCUGCCACAUGAGCACCAGGCCUUGAGACCAAUGGAAUACUCCACCCGACCCCAUCCCAACAGGACUUACGGAAACACUGAUGGGCCUGAAACAGGGUUCAGUGCCACUGACACUGAUGAACGAAACUCUGGUCCAGCCUUGACAGAAUCCUUGGCUCAGACCCUGGUGAAGAACAGGACCAUCUCAGGCUCUGUGAGCCACCUUGGGGAGUCCAGCAGUUACCAGGGCACAGGGUCAGUGCAGUUCCCAGGGGACCAGGAUCUCCGUUUUGCCAGGGUCCCCUUAGCAUUACAUUCAGCGGUUGGGCAACCAUUCUUGAAGGCUGAGGGAAGCAGCAACUCAGUGGUACAUGCAGAGAACAAAUUGCAAAACUAUGGGGAACUGGGGCCAGGAACCACCGGGUCCAGCAGCUCAGGAGCAAGCCUUAACUGGGGGGCCCCAACUCAAUCUUCUGCUUUUGGAAAACUCUAUCGGGGGCCUACAAGAGUCCCACCAAGAGGGGGAAGGGGGAGAGGAGUUCCUUACUAACCCAGAGACUGAUUUCAGCAUCCUUCCCUAUCCAUUCUUUCCAACGAGUCCUCUGAACCUUUAAUGAAAUCAUUUAUCAGAGUGAGGUAAUCAUCUGCAUUUGGCUACUGCAAAGCUGUCCAUUGUAUUCCUUGCUCACUUGCUACUAGCAGGUGACUUAUAACGAUGUUGGCACCAGUUCCCCUAGAUGGGCUAUAGCCAGAACAUUUACUUCAGCUAGAUAUAAGUAGAGAAUAUGGAGAGGGUCAUUAAAUUGAAAAGUAAAUAUUUUAUUAGUUCAUUGCCUGCACUUCUUGAGCAGAAGAAAAAGAAGAGUUUCAAUUUUGAGAUGGCUCAGGAGAGGCUCUCUUUAAGUUUUUAAAGUUUUUAUGGUUUCUUUUAACUUUUUUUUUUUUUCUUUAAAGAGAAUAGUGUACACAAAAUUUGAGCUGCUCUUAGGCUUUUGCUAAAAGAGAAACAGUGACCUGGCUGAUUUAAAUAAAUGUUUCCUUUCUCUCCACCAUCUUACAUCUUUGCUUUCAAGUAACCUCUUUUUUUUUUUUUUUUAAGCCCACAUUGAGCAUCUUGAACAUACAUUUUUUCCAAAUAAAUUACUUACUCUCAAAGUUUGUUCCACUUUUACAAAAGACAUGCCCUGUCUCCCUGCGUAUGAAGCAGGUUACAGAAAGUGACAUUCCUGGGCGAGUAGGUAGACUAACCUUAUCGCUUCCCUUUUUUAACCUCAUUUCUGUAGUUUCUGUCUCUCUCUACCCCCCUUUCCCUUUCUCCUUCCCUCUUUUUCUCUCCCUCCCUCCCUGCCUGUCUCCCUUCUUCCCUCCCUUCUUGUUCUCUGAGACAUUUAUUUGGGAAAAAAAUAUUCUUCGAGAUGCCCAAGAACCUGGGAUAAUUCCUUUACUUUUUUUGAAAUAAAGGAAAGGAUUCAGACUCUUAUAGUGUUCUCUGUAACUCUUCAAUUCUAAAAUUGUUUUUUUUUUUAAACCAUGUUCUGAUGGUGAAGUUAUUUAUAAAUGCAGACGACAUAGGACAUUGUGGCUGAGCUGAGGUUAGAGAUGAUGCCUCCAUACCUAGAGGGCUAGUAAGAGCGGUUAGCAUAUUGUUUACACAUAUAUUUUUAUGUCAAAAAACUUUGAAACAGAGCAUUGUAAUAUUGUCAAAGAGAAAAAAACAUCUUGAAAAUACAUGGAAAUAUGACUUAGUUUAGGGUGGAUAUUUUUCUGAAGAUAUAUCAAUACCUGAGACCUUUUUAAAAAAAUAAUUUUAAAAGAGCAGACCAUAAGAAAGAUCAGUAUUGACAUAUACACAUCUCAGCAUGUAUAUCCUGCCAAUUCUUCUAGGGAUUUUCCUCCAGAGAGUUUUGGUUUUGGUAAAAGGGGUUAAAUUAUGACUUCAUGGCAAAACCUUGCCUGAUGAAGAACAGGAAAUGGAAAAGGGAAAGGCUUUCUGGGUGGAAUAACUUGGGGAGGUUUCUCAUUCUGGCUUCCAUUUCUAUGUGAGUACCAGCAUAUAGAUAGAGUGUUUUAAAAAAUACACAUUCAUAUAAAUUAUCUUCACAGACUUAGAUCUUUGUGAAAUGUAGGUUUAGCCCCCUUUUACAAAAAAAAAAAAAAAAAAAAGGGCAAGCAUGCUUCAGCAUCUUGGAGAAUAGUUUUCAGAGUUCAAGUGAAGUUUCGUGUUUCAAUGCCAAGUUCAUAUAUUAAAAAAUAAAAACUAUUGUAAGAGGAAGGUGCACUAAUAAAAAAAAAACUUUAAAGAAAUGAAAGAAGAACCCUCUUCAGAUACUUACAUGAAGACUAUUUCCCCUGUUACUGAAAUAGGUAGAUAUCGGUGUGUGUAUUUCUUUAUUUUCUGGUUUUUGAUCUGACCUUGCCCUCAAGGUCAAACACUGAUUAGAAAGAGAAUCUUCUAGCCAUUUUGGCGUUGAUGGCUUUUUAUACCAGUGUGUCCAAUUAUAUUUGUUAGACUCACUGACUCAAUAAUUGGUAAAUUUCAUUAAAGUUUAUCUGAACCUUUUGUCUGUUGACUUCUUAGUCCUCAGACAUGGCCUUUGUAUUUUAGAACAUUUGAAUUUGAGGUAUUGGGCCCCACUCUCCCAUUUUUGAUUAAAGAAUUUAAGCCUGGGAUGCUUUCAAAAGUAUCCGAUGACAAAAAUUGGUUUCCCAUCAAAUAUGAAUAAAAUUCUAUAUAUAUUUUAAUUGUAUUUUGGUUAUCAACAAUCAAUAAUGUUUUUCCCUCCCUACCACUUAUUUUUAAUUAUGCCAAAUAUUCUAAUAUGCUUAAGUCUCCAUUCCCCCAUCCCUACUAGGGAAGAGGGUGAGUGUAUGUGUGUAUGUGUAUGUGUGAUCCCAUCUCAUUCUCAUCCCCCAUUUUGGGACUCUAACCUUUAAAAUGAAAAAAAAAAAAAAAAAUUGGUAAUUUUUACUUUCUAAGCAGAGGAAACAAGAAACUCACUUAAAUGUCCUGGAAUCUUUGUGGAGGAAGAAAAGGUAUUUGUUAAUUUUUCAGCUGUAUUAUCUAACAUGAUGGAAGUAAAGGUUUGGCAGAAUUUCAACUUAACUGUUAGAAAGUUACAAACCCAAUUAAUUAUUCAAAAGUGGUUUUGGUUUGCUUUGAAUUACUGUACCAUAGGAGAUAUUAAGACCAUUAAAUACAUUAUUUUGAACAGACGAGAAAACUGUUCAUGAGUGAGAGAGAAAACUGGUUUGACUGUGAUCAUUUUUGUGUUUUUCCCAACAAAUUUGCUUGACCCAGUUUCCUUAGUUCUUUUUUCAACUGUCCUUAAAAAUGAUAAGGAUUUGAAGAUACCAAAUCUAUGUUUGAAAGCAGGGCAGUUAGCACAAAUUUGUAAGUAGGACUUCUGUUAGCUUAGCCAUAGACAUCACCCAACCACUUGUGUGUGUGUGUGUGUGUGUAUAUAUAUAUAUGAGAUAUAUAUAUACAUAUAUAAUAUACAUAUAUAGUUACAGUACUAAAAUGGUUACCAGCCGGUUUUGAGAGAGAAUGCUGCAUCAAAAAAAGUGUCAGUUGCCACCUCAUUCUCCCUGAUUUAGGUUCUGACACUGUGUUCCUUUUCUCUCUCAUUUUUUUGCCCCCCAUUGGGUGUACCUUGUCUAUGUACAGAUAUUUUGUAAUAUAUUAAAUUUUUUUCUUUCAGUUUAUAAAAAUGGAAAGUGGAGAUUGGAAAAUUAAAUAUUUCCUGUUACUAUACCACUUUUGCUCCAUUGCAUUUACUUCUCAGUCUGUACCCUCUGAGUAGAUUUAAUUACGUAUAAAGGACAUUUUUCCUCCACUUUAUCUUAGGGGUACUUUAUCUCAGAAUUGCUGUAUGUAGACCGAAAAAAAAAAGUUCUCAGGGUGUGAAGAGGUUCUUAAACAUUAGACUAGGAACUAGAGAAUUAAAAAAAAGUUGGGGAAAACCAUAAGAUGUGAUUUACCUUUUUUUUAAAGUAGAAAACAGUUACACAAAUAAUGAUGGUGCCAGGCUUUUAAAAGAGUUGAGUUUCAUGUACCCCAGCUCCUCCUGAAAGGAGAGGUAAGUGGGUUUGAGCUCAGCUGUUGUCAAGGGAAGUUGGUAACAGACUGGUUAGACCAAAGAAUAGACCCUCCUGGUCCCUCACCUGUCAGCAUGGGGAUUAGCAUGCCUAGCUCUGUUUACAUUCUCUGAUGCAUUGCCAAUCCAGAAAGUGAGUCAAAGUUGUUUUAAGUGUAAAAUUCCUCUUAUUUCCAAAAUCUUUCCUACCUCAACCAGAAAAUAGAGUUGCUUUCCUUUCUCUUUCAUGGUUUAGGGUUCUGAACUAAAUAUUCCCUGACAGGAUGUGCGGAAGUACUGCGAAUGAUGUAAGUAGGCAGAGAGCAAACAAACCUGUCCGAAGACAGACAGGGAGAGGAUACACCAGGCAGAAGACAAAGGGAGAGCAGACAUCCAGGCUUCAGGGAGUUGUGGAUGGGGUGACAGUCAUAUCAGAUUAAGGGGCACAUAGAAGAAGGGAAAUUAGGAGGAAGUUGUAUUUUAAAAUGUGAUGAUUGUUAGCCUGUUUUUGAAUCUGAAGUUUGGGGCAGCCAGUGGGCUGUUGCAUCUUUACCUAAAAGAAUGGAGAGCACAAGACUAUUCCAACUUCUGGAAUUCUGUGUUCCUGGUUAGCCUCCAGAGAAAAGAACUUUGUUUUCAGUCUUUAUAUUUUGCAAGUUCAUGACUAGGAGUAUGAACUUCAACCUGCUAAAGAAUGCUAUUUCCAUUUCAUCACAGUGGCUGUCUUUUCAACGCUAUGCUUAAAGGUUCAGGGCCUAACUAACCUGAACUUCUCUUUCACAUCCAAGGCUGUUUCUAACUGAAAACCAUACUGUUCAGUUAUCUGAAUUUCUUAGGCACUACUUUUCCCCCUAGACAUACAUCCUUAACCAUAUGCCUUAAGGAAGUUAAGUGUCUGUGGUGCUGAGAUUUCCACUGUUACUAAAGAUUGCCCCGUAGCUUGACUGAUCCUUAGGCACUGAGUUACUUCUCUGUUAACAAUUUAGUCAUCCUGGACAGCUGGGGGAUAGAAGUGGGACAUUUGUCAAGUAAGGAAAUGUUCAGCCAUUCCAAGGGAAAGGCAGAAGUGCUAAGUCUUCUUAGUUCCUAGGAGGCAAGAUGAGCAUUCCUGGACAUUGGUCAUUUUUACUGUCCAAGCAUGACAUUUCUCAUAUAUAGGAGUACUCAGAUUUAAAAACUUCAAAUCAGGAUAGACAGACUUUGGGGGAAGUAAUGACUCUUGGAAUUGCUGGUGGUGGUCUUCCACUCCUUACCAUAAGCAGCUGUCUUUCCAUCCACUUCUCAUUUCCUAAUUUUCUCUCUCCUCACUUACUACCCAGCUCGUGCUUGAGGCCUACCAGAGGUCUUGAUUGCUUAGCCCUGCAGGGGAGAGUUAUUGCUGCUUCAUAGUUUUGAAGCAUAAUGAGAGGUAAUUCAGAAGACAAAUAGCUAUUCCAGAUCCUCAACUAAUGGGAUGGGAGGUAAAGGAGAAAGUGAAAUAGCUAUGCUUUCUUACUGCUAAGAACCAUGAAGAGAGUUUUAUAUGGUGUGUGGGGUAUUAGAGGUUCCUUCACUCGUCUAGGAAAGGCAGGGAGUCUCAACCUUCGUCUCUCCAUCCUCUUCCCUCAUAAUCCUGAGACAUUUUUUACUGGUGACAUUUCUGAGCUCAGUUGCAGAUGGUGUCUGUGGGAAGUAAAGCUUGGUGAGAAGAGGGACCUGCUAUCCAUGAAAACACAGAUGAGGGCUUGAUUAAUCUCUUGGGUGCCAAAAUGCUUUGGCCACUGAAUAGCUUGCAUAGCUCUAUCUUAAAAAUUAGUAGCCCAAGACUGAGAGAAGUAGGCAGAUUUGAGGUCAAUUUUUAGUGCUCUCUAGAAUGGUGAGUUGUUAGUAACAUUUCUCAACAUGCAGCCCUCAGCUACAGCCUUUUCUGGAAUAAGAGGGUAUGGCCAGGAAAUAAAUUCACUUAGACAUAGGUUCUCUGGGACCUGGAAAUAGGUUUUUGAAUGUUUGGCCAUGUCUUCGUUGUUAAAUGAAGAUAGUGCUGAUAGUUGUUAAGGAAUGAAGGUUGUUUUGUCUAAGCUAGCUGAUUUGGGGUGUGAGGGCCACUAUGGAGAGACUUAAAGUCUACAUUGUAGCAGUCAGCUAAGUGAAGAGCAAAGUCUGCUCUUGGAGUGUGUCUUUACCUUAAUGCAUGGGCGCUCUCAGGUAGGAGAGCCGCCUUCUUCCUAGAACUGUAAAACACCAUGUAAUGAGAGACACCCUUGGUCAGGGUCAGCUUGUGGACUGACAACCCUCCCCACCAAGGCUAAUACAACCUUGAAUGCUUUUGACCCUGGAGAAAAGAGACUAAAUUCAAAGACUUAGGAGCCUCAGCCUUUUUAUAAAUUUGGGAACUUCUGAGUUUGGCCUUAUACAAAUAUUUACAAUUUCUGUUAGGGGACCAAAGGUCUCAUAAUAAUGAAGCAACAGAAGAUGGAGAGAAGGGAGAAUUGUCUAGUCUGGUAGCUGGGCUGCUGAUACUUAGGGUCUAGUUGCUUAUAAAGGAGAGAUAGGUGAAAUGGAAGGGGAGAAAUAUGGGUGGGCUAGUGAAAGUUGAGGGAUAAUUGCCUUAAAGUUUCAUGACUCAGUUCAGGGAGACCCCAUAAAAUAUCACUGUAAAUCUCCCCUUGAUGACAAUAACGUUACCCUUUGCCUAGAGGACGGCCCUAUAACCCGUAUCCUGGGGGAUGCCAGGAAAACAUUUUACUUGAGAACCUAGAUUAUAAAGAGGGACGCUGUUUAGCACUGCUGUCCACAGUUCAAAAGAACAGUUCAGGAAAGAAGGAGGGAGAAAUGUAUAUGCAUCAUGUUAAAAAGUUCUUUGUAUUUUUGGAGUUUUAAAACUCUUGCAACCUGGAAACUGUACUAUUCCUUUUGCCUUUGUUCUAUAUCCAAGCAAAGGUAGUUCUUUGAAGAGCAAACAAACCAGCUCAUAUGAAUUUGAGUUACAGAAUGUUAGCAACCACAGAAGGACAUGAGCUUGUCUAAACCAGUGCCUCCUUUAGCCAGAAAGGUAAAAAAAGCAGUGUUUGGAGAAAGAAGAACGAGAAAGAGAAGGGAUGUGGUUGGGGACCUGCGUGGUGUCAGGCACUGUGCUAAGCACAUUGCUUUUAUUACCUUGAUUCUUAAACAUGUUGCUGCUUGGGGGUGGAAAGAGUAAAGACAAAUCCCUCUUACUGUCCUGACCAACAGGUAGGAGACAAAGGGCGGUGGAGACCAUUUUUUUCCUGUCUAGACUAUUUGAGAAGUGAGUCAGCUUUUGAGAGAGAGAACUCUACUGAACUCUACUUGUGAACAACUAAUUCUAUUCCUAGAGACCCUCCAAAAUUAUGAUAAGUAGGCUAGAGGCAGGACUGGUAGACGACAAGAUCACUGUUGGCUCUGAGAUUGAUUUUCAUUCUAGAAAAGGUCAUGACCUGAAAAUACAGGAUUAAUCUUAGAAUAGGGCUUCUUAUACUAAGGAGCCUUCAAAGAAAGUUGUGUUUAUAUACUAUGAACCGAGGAAAUAAAUUUGUUGGGUAACCAGUCUUGUUUGCAGGGGGUGGGGUGUACGGGGGGUUGUGUUGUUUUGUAAUACUUUGAAUUCAUGAAAUAAUUUGUAUUUUGGGAAGACCCAGUGCCAAGUCAAUGUUAGUAGGGGCAGGUGGCAGCCUGAAAAAUUGAAAGAAUAACACUGACUUCCUUAUAGAUCUUUGCUGUGAUAUCCCAAGGAUUAUACCAGGAGGCAGCUUCACUGGGGAGUGGUAAUAUCAGCAGAGUCAUGUCCUGAGCACAGGGCAACUUCUCGGGGAAAUGAGGGAGGCUCCCACCUUCAGGAAGUUUCUGGGACUAGUGAGUGAUGAAGCUUAUACCUGGGCGGGAAAUGGCAUUUGGUGUUUGUCAGCACGUUUCUGUCAAUUAUAAAAUAAAACAGCCCCCUAGUACUUAUGGAACUAAAGCAAAGCAGUAAGAGAAAGUGGAGCAAGCCAGAGCAGAUUCUUGGAAGGUAACGAAGACAGGGACAUGGGAGAGAGGAAGGUGAUGGCCAAAGAGAAAACUUAGGACGGAUCACGUGUUUUUUGCGGAGGGCUGCGGAUGUCCAGGGUGUCUAGUGGAAGAUUAUUAGUGAAGUCAGAGGCGUGAUCUUGUUGGACUGAAUGAGGAAUCUGGGUUUGAUUUGGUAAGCAGUCACAGGGGGCAAAGCAUGAGUGCGAUGUGGAGCACUGGGACAGCCGUCCUGGGUCGAGGAAGUAGGAAUGCUUUCUAGGGUAUCGUUCUUGUCCAGAUGGGAGACGCUGAGGGCCUGGACUAGAGUAGUUAAGGGGAAUGAGAAGGAAGGCAGUAGCCCCAAGAAACUAGUGAAACUUGAUGAUCGUGUGCAUGUGAGGAGGAAUCAAAGCUAGGGUAAGGAUGGUGACUCCUGGACAACGUAUGUCAUUGACAGUGAUGGGCUCUUGGGAAAGAGGGUGCUGCUUUGUGUUUUUGAGAAGUAGGAAGUGUUCACCAGGUGGUGGGAUGUGCCUGUGCUCGGUGUGGCAGAGUCCAGCAGGAGGCACUGUCUGCGGGAAAUAGUGCAGUGUGUGCCCCAGACAUUCACCUGCUCUGCCCUUCCCAGGUUUGAGGGCAGGUG